AGUGAAGUUACCUUUUGGAAGACCUGAGACUUCACAGAAAGAAUCCGAACAGGUAAGAAGGCGAAACGUUGCCGCGAGGCCGAUAUUUAAAGAGCAUGGUGUUUUCCCGCGUUUUGGUUUCGAAUUUAUAAAAAAUAAACCUUAUUUUCGUUCGAACACCUGUUGGAUUGUCUGUUUGGUGGGGACCCAUAGUGCCAUUUAUGUUUGUGUGAGAAAGUAUUAUCAUAACAGUGAAAAUCAAAUAAUCGAAGAAAAAAUUCUCCACAAAUGAUGUCAUGCUCGGAAAAGAAGGAAAGUUCUGUUAAAAUCCUAUGUUAGAACCACAAAUGUAGCGGAUUUUGCGGUUUGCCUUGAUUACGGAUUACACAGAAAAGCAACAGAAUUUCAUUCUUUUACCUGGAAAAAAUCUGAAGCAAUUAGCGAAAAAUGCGAGGCAUGCCUUUACUGAGGACUACUCUUCGCAACCUCUGCCUGCUGCUUGUGACCAUAGGAGCACCAUUUUGCCAUGCAGCAUGUGAUUGGCCUCCCCAGUAUGAUGAUCUUCAAAUCCGAUGUGUCUGUGGUACAGGUGGUAACCUUCGACUGACUGUUCAAUGUGGUUCUAUAGAACUUACCAGACUAGUGGAGGCCCUCCAGUCCAAACCUCCACUAGAUCUGUUAGCUGUGGUCAAUGGGUCCAUAUUGAGCCUGGAUGAUGGUGUAUUCAGUGGUCUUGACGUUCGAGCUAUACAGCUGUCCAGUGUCGGUUUAAAUAGUGUGUCUCCGAUGGCCUUUCAAGGUCUAGAAAGGACCCUAAGUAGUUUGAAUUUGGAAAUGAAUGAAUUAACAGACGUGCCAACACAGUCGCUGAAAAGACUGAAUAAUUUAAAAGAGCUGGAUUUAUCUCGGAAUCGUAUCACAGAAGUACCUGAUUUGGCUUUCAGUGGAUUAACACUCACAACACUUAAAUUAGCUGAUAAUUCUUUGAAAAUUAGUGACUCAGCUUUCAAAGGAUUAGAGGCUUCACUGCAUAACCUGAAUUUGAAAGGGACAGGACAAAUCCAGAUGCCCAACGCAGUCAAACAACUCUCGGAACUCUCCUUCCUGGACAUCUCUCAAAACAAGUUCGCUCAGCUUUUACCGGAUGAAUUCCAGAACCUCAAACAACUGACCGCCUUGACACUCGAAAGAAAUAUGGUCAGCUACGUUGACCCUCGAGCAUUCAAUGGCCUCAAUGGAACACUCAGUUCACUUUCCUUACUCAACAACAAAAUUGAGGAAUUUCCAACUUUGGCCAUCAGACCACUCGCUCAACUGAGGGUUUUAGACAUGGGAUUCAAUAGAAUGAAAAUGAUUCCAGAAGAUGCUUUCAUUGGAAACCAACUUCUUACACUCCUGGCCUUAGAUGGAAAUCCAUUAAGUACAUUGACAGAAACAUCAUUCACACAUCUCAACUCAACUCUACGAGGUCUUAGUGUUGGAGGAAGCACACUAAUUUGCGACUGCAAACUUCGAUGGAUCAUCGAAUGGGUGAAAAAAUAUGAUCUCCAAGUAACGAGCCGAGAAAGGAAUCCCCAAUACUGUGGAAGACCAUCCACCUUUCGUCGUCGAAUCCUGCCGCAGAUGUCACCAAGUGAACUAAAAUGCGACGAGGAAGCUACACCAAGCACAACAGCUUCCCCAAUACCAGCAUUUACCCAAACCCAGGCUUCUCAACAACGUCCAACAGCCACACCUACAGGACGAGAUCUGAGAGCUCCUAGGACCUCAUCCUUGGAUCAACUACAUCUCAGUGAGGUGAUCAGGAGAGGUACAGAAUUAACCGUCAAAUGGGAAGGUUUCCGAGAAGACAAUCUAGUCAGAGCCAGAUCUGCAGCUCCGAUUCAUGCGAUGUACAGAGUUUUUGGUGAGCCACAUUUCCAAUUGGGUACCUCAGCCAAUCCCACUUCUGGUUGGGCUCAAUUCCAGGUACCUGAAGGCAAACCAGUAGUCAUCUGCGUUGUUGACACAGCUCAAGCAGCAACCCUUUCUUCUACUGCUAUACCUCGUAAUCAGUGUAACGAGGUUACAGCCGAAAAAGUUACUGAUUCUCAACUGAAUAAAAUCAUCAUCGGCUCUUCUGCAGCUGUAUGUGGUAUGAUCGUUAUAGCUGUUAUUAUAUUCGUUUGCUGUUCCAGAAAAUCUUCGAAGAAACAGGCUAUGCCCCGACCAGCAAUGAAAUCGGAACAUGAAUGGGAAACUUCUUCAUACUACAGUGGAAGAAGCAUACCACGCGCAAGGGCUUAUCAUGGAUCAGUUAAUCCGUCUUAUCUUCAUGAUAGAACUCCAGAUGAUGUCCAGUCUUUUCGCUCUUUGCCACCGGCUAGGGCCCAUAGGGGUGGACACAUGAUGGGGAAUAGAGAUAUGCAUAGUUCUCAAAUAGCUUUAUCUCAGUUAUCAGGGCAUCAUUCAUUUCUUGGAACAUAUGGGCAGGAGCCUCAUCAGAAUGGGUGGGGUGCUCAUCAUUGGGAUAAUGUUGAUGCAUACUCUGAAAGACAUGCUCCCUCCAGACUCUCUUAUGGGAAGGAUAAUUUUAGCUAAUUAUAUGAACGAUUAUUUACUUUAUCCUGUGAUACAUGAAAGACUCUUCUCUGCAAGUAAUGCUCUAGAUCAGAAUUUAGAACUUCUUUAUUAACAGGAAAAAAUAGUUUGCUCUUUUAUCAUCAGGAAAAAACUUGAUUUAUCCUGUGAUACAAGGAAGAUCCGAUUUUGCCCGGAAAAUAAUCUUCCAGAGCAUAGUUUCUAAUCUUCUUUAUCAUCAGGAAAAACUUGAUUUAUCCUGUGAUACAAAGGAAACUUGAUUUUGUGCUAUUAAUUAUGCUCCAGAGCAUGAAUUUGAAGCUUUUUCUUUUUAAUUUUAAGAAAAGUUUGCUUACUUUUUAUCAGCAGGAAAAGACUUGAUUUACCCUGUGAUACCAGGAAUGCUUGCUUUUUGUCUGUUAAUUAUGCUCCAGAGCAGGCUCUUAGAACUUCUUUAUCACCAGGAAAAGUUUGUCGCUUAAUCAUCAGGAAACAACUUUUUGUGUAUGCCAGUGUCUUCAUUUGUAGUUUUACAAAGUGCUUAGGUUGCCCUAAGAUGUUUAUCCUUAUAGUAUUGGCAGCUAACAUAACCAAUUUUGGAUGAGAAAACGUUGAACGUUUUAGUACAUUCAAUUAAAACUGUUCUUAAAAGAUGUUCAAUUCCAGGAUCAUUACUUUUUGCAUUAUGAAAGACGUUAAGCUAACUAAGCUUUAACGUAAAUAUGUCUGAAAUUUCUAAAUGACACAGAAUGGUGAAAAAGGAAAAACUGACUUCUUAUAUGUCUUUGAUAUAUUCAAAUGUGUGCUAUUAGAACAAAUUUUAUUGUACAGCAUAUUGACAUUUAUUACUUAUUUCACUAGUUAAUCACAGAAUAUGAAACAGUUUCACUAGUUAAAAUUUUUUUUAAUUUCACUGAUUAUACAUUUGUGUUCUAUGAAUGUAAUUUCAUAUUCAACUCAAGUUCAUCAAUUAAUUGUUCAAAACAUAAUGGAAACAUAAUAGAAUGAUAUAUAGAAGCAAUAAUUACUCUUGUAAUUAUUGUCAGUUGAGAGUAAUUACUCUCAAUUUCUCUAAACAAAAUUGGUACUUGAAAUGAACGACAGGUGGCGCAGAACAGAACUCUCUACCUAUGGCAACACUUCGCAUGCUUUUUCCCCAUUAGAGUGGGGAUAGUCAUAGGAGAAGAAAUUACGUUAGUUUCUGUCUUGAUUUUAAAAUUGAUUAACAAAUUUUUAAGUUAGAAAAUUAUAUGGAACUCAAAACUGCAUUGAACAGAAUUCUCAAGGAAAGCACCUUGGAAAUAAAAAUAUUUUUGACAAUUAAAUGCAAAAAAUAUUAUGGAAGGGGAAAAGAUCGUAGUACAUUCCCAUGCAGCUGAGCUGAGGGUUUUCUCCCCCAUUGACGUAUUCAAACGUUGCUAUCACGGAUAUAAAUAACUAAUUAUUUGUUUAAGUUAAAUUUACUUAUCAAGUUUAAUGAAGUUAAGUUACUUGUUUCUAAGCGUAGUUUACUAAAAAAAUUUCAAAGUGAACCAUAUUUUACGUUUAAUGAUCGAUUUUUUUCCUAUAGAUUUAGAUAUUCUUUUAUGCAAUCAUUUUAUCAAUAGAAUACAGAGGAAGAAGGCUUUAAGCAAAAUUUUAGUGAAUUUAGAAACAACAGUUUUUGGUAAAUAUAACAACAAUAGAAAGCUAUUUAUAAAACACAUUCUCCACAUUAAAAAACCUUUUACUUUUAAUAACUAGAAGAAAAAAAAUUCGAUUGCAACUGUGAACAAACAUUAGGGCAGUACAUAUAUUGUUCUGAAACCCAAAAUUUUUAUGAUAUCAACCUUCUGCUAAGUUCUUUAAUUAUUAAACAAAACUUUUUUACCACUAUAAAAGAAAACAAUAAUUUUAAUAACUUAUAUAUAAGCAAAGAAUAUCAUGAUUGUUAAGAUGAUCUCGUUAAUUAUUAAAUAUAUUGCAGGGAGUUCGUUCCUUUUAAAUAGUUAAUUUAAUAAAAAUUCACCGGGUUUCGAUGGUCACUUAAAUACUAUAAAUUUUUAAACAAUCCAAAUACCUAACUCUUUAUUAAGUGUUUAAAUUAUUGAAUCGUGAAGUGGUUACGAACAUUUAACAUGUUAACGUUUUAAAAAGUUUAUACACCCCCAUAAUAAUCUUGAAGGACAACUGGACGCCCUGGUAUUGCCAACAAAAUAUAAACAGAGAUGAAGAGAUUUUUUUAACAGCAUUACAGAAGUUAGCAAGUAAAAAAAUUCGAAGAAAGAAAUCAUUAAACAUUUUUUUUAAAUUAAAGAAAAAGUCUUCAAUUUAAAAAUAAAUUAAAAUACAUUAUUUCAUAGCGAUUUGACCAUCAUUAAUUGAAAAUUUAAUCUAAUUCUACAUCAGUUAAUUACAAUAUUUCAAAUCACGUGAAAUGCAUAAUUUAAGCUAUUAAUUAAAGGGGCCAAUUUUGCGAUCAUAUAAUUCAUAUUAGAUGCUUAGAGCCACAUUACAAAAAAAGAAAACAAAAUAUCGGGAUUAAAUAUAAAUGUUCAGAUUACUUAUAUUACAAAAAAAAUAUCUAGAUUAAAUUGCAGAGAAUAUCAGACUCCAGAAACAAAAUUUUGAAAAAAAAAAAUAUUUAACAAAUAUAUAAUUUAUUUUUUUUCUUAAAUAAAAAUGGUGAG